AUGUGUGGGCAAUGCGCUCGUCCUGCUUGCGGCUGGGGCUUUUGUGAAAGGCCGUCCAGAUACAUUCUGCACGUCAAGAUGGUCAACACAAUGCGUGGCAUCCUUGUUUUGGGUUCGCUGUUCUUUGCACCUGUGCUGGCAGGUAACUGCAGUAAAGGACUGAGUUAUUGCGGUACUGCCUUGAUAUCAAGGGGUUACGACCAGCAACGCCUUGUGGAUGCCCUUGAGAAAACAGGCCAAGCCGGAUACUCUGGCAUCAUCAGCGACUCAGUUUAUCACUGUGAUGAUGAUUCAGGCAGCAUAUCGUUUGUGACGACUUGUGACGUUUGCAAGGACGGUGGCGCAGGGAAUGACGAUACUUGCGACACUAGCAAGAGAACCAACUGUGAUGCAAGAUUCACGUACUGCGGAUCUGCCCUGGCUUCGCGCACGGGGUACUCGCCACAAGUCGAAUCAGCCCUUCGACAAGCCAGCCAGCCGACUACAUCCGACUUUAUCAGCAAGUCCCUGUUCAAAUGCAAAGGGGAUGCCAGCGGUACCGUUGAGUUUCUGAGCUAUUGCGGUACCUGCGCCGAUGGAGGCGCCGGCAAAUCAGACUCCUGCGCCAACAACUCGGGAGACAACUGCAGCUCAGGCAUUGCCUACUGCGGCUUCAACCUGCUCAACAAAGGCGGUUACCACGACAGACUAUCCAAUGCACUUCAGGGCGCCUUUCCCGACUCUGCAGAGCGGGAUCGGAACCUGGGCAAGUCCCUCUUCAUGUGCACCGGCAACGGCGACGUGACGGCGCUGUCCACCUGCAACUGUCUGGACGGCGGCGCGGGCCGCUCCGAUUACUGCGCCUCUCCCAGCUGCAAAAAGGGCGUCAAUUACUGCGGGAUAGCUUUGAUGAAGAACAGAGGAGCUCAGCGCUCUACCCUCGCUGAUGCGCUGUCGGCCGCCGGCCAGCCUACGGACAAUGCGCAUGUCGAGAAUUCCGUCUUUACCUGCGAGAUCGACAGGCAGGCCAACAAGGUCAAGUUUCUGAGCUUUUGCGGCAGCGACGCCGCGCAGUGCAUCGACGGCGGUGCCGCCAGCGACCACUGCGAGCCCAAGAAGUGCAGAAUCGGCAUUGACUACUGCGGAAAGACGCUUCUAGCCAAAGACUCUAGUUAUUCGUCGAUUAUUGGAGACGGACAGCUUAAGUCCUUGUACAGGUGCAACGGCGCCGUGGACGGUGGUGUCGAGUUCAUCAGAGAUUGCGCGCAGGAUCACGACUGCAUUGAUGGUGGGAAAUUCUCAGACUAUUGCACAAGCUAG